GACUACACUACACUUUAGAAAACAAGCCCAAAAACCCGCAACCCGCGACUGACGAGAUUUGCAAGCGACUUUACAAAAAAACAAGCCCAAAGUCGCUUAUAAUAAGCGGACUUGGCAACACUGCCUCUGAUCCUUGUUGAUGUGUGCUAAAAAAAAAAAGAAAGUAGGAGUGGUUUCCUUCAGUUUCAUUAUUGGUCUGUUCUGAACGGCAGCACUUUCAUUUAUGAGGAAGCGCAGCCAAGCCGAGACUGGGAAGAUGUCAUCACAGAAUAAAGAUGAAGAUGAAGCUCGAUUCAGCAUCUCAUUUAAGUGGUCAGAGUCCAGUCGACCACAAAAACCAAAAAGAGUUCUCGAGCUAGUUCUUCAGACUUGGUUCAACAAAAGAGAAACAAUUACAGAUUGCAGAGUUGUAAAGACCAUAGGAGAUGAUUGUGUCGUGAUAAAGAUUACUCCUGUCCCAGCUUUGAAUGAGCUGAAGAAGCUGAUUGGACAAACACUUACCAAAAAAGGCUGUAGUCCAAUCACCAUCACAUCUGUUAGUCUGACACCACCAGAGCUGGAAGCAGACAUACCGGAGGAGGCUUCAAUGAACUCCCAUCCCUCCACGUCACGGCCACAAUCUGAGCAAGUGGAGCAGAGCAGCACAGUUUCUGCAGUAGGAGAAGAGACUUUCAGUUGUCCUGUUCCAGUGUCCCAUUUCUGGUAUGUGUCCCACAUCUACAAAGAGGAACUUAAACGUAUAGAGAAAGAGAAUGGAGUUAAACUCAAGGCAAAUGUGAAAGUAACAUUUGAACCAGACAAGAAAGGUGGAGACCCACAGAAAGCUCUCAGUGAGUUCACAAACCUCGUCCAGGAUAGCUUAAAUGAAUCCACUGGCUCAGUUAUUCCUCUCAAGUACGUAGAUCCAGAUCAGUGGAGUGAGGCACUGAAAGUUGUCCAGAAAAAUGACAGCAAGCUUUUACUUACUCUGUCCACUGACAAUGUUUUAGUAUGCGGGCCAAGCAGUAGUCAAAAUGAUUUCAGUAGGACCUUAAAUGCAACGCAGAAAACAAAUAUGAACGCUUCUCUUGAAGACUAUGGAUGGCCAUCUGAAGAAACACCACUGAUGGUUGACAUGACCAUCUACGACCCUCUUGUCAAAUCAGGACUAACCAUAGAGGAGAGCAACUGGAAGCGGCUGACUACCUUCUACGAUGGGCAAAUAGAAAAGAUCAAAGCUGCAUUUAAUGUCAACUUUAGAGAAUCCGGCAUCACUCAAGGCAAAGUCACUGUUAUAGCUUGCUACAGAGGAGCUGGAAGAAACAUCUCCAUGGAGAGCCAUGCUGUCAGAGCUCUUGUCUGUCUGUACCAGAAGACUGUCACAUCACCUGUGAGUAUCAAUCAACUCCAUGGUGCCACUGGGAUCAGUCGCUCACUCAGAGACUCGAGCAGUGGUUAUCAGUCAGAGCAGGCCUCCAAUGGUGCUGUGGUGAAUGGAAGACCAGGAUUCAGCAAGAAGAACACCAAGGCUCCCACA